UACUGUUCGUCUGCAUAGCUAAACGUGAUCUCUCUUGGCGUGCGAGCCUCGUGCGAGAGAGCGUGAUGACCGAUGACUCGGCGCCGGCGAAGCGAUAUGCACGCCACGCCGGAACGAGCCCCUUCCCACCUGCUGCACGGCUCGUCCCCUCCUCUCUCCACCCGUCUCCCCCACCCACCGGUGAAGGCAAGCUCCCGCUUCUUCUUCCGUCCCAAUCGCGAGAUUGGGUGAGUGACCGCGCUUCCGCCGUGCCGUUCGCCGAAUCCCAGGCUGACAGACGAACAGUCCGGAUUCAGGGCUCCACUGAUACCUGAUAGAAUCAGCGAGCGAGCAUGGGUGGUGUUGGAUGGAGGAGACUUGGCUCCAAGCUGCGGCAGAGAUGGGGCUGGGAGAGCCGCCUCCGCGCCCGGGGCUUCUCUUCCGCUCCUGCCGCUCCACCUCCACCCCACAUGGAGAGUGUUGGAUUCAUAGGGCUUGGAAACAUGGGCUCCCACAUGGCAAGGAACCUGGUGAGGGCUGGAUACAGAGUGUCAGUUCAUGAUAUCAAUGAGGAUGCCAUGAACAAGUUCUCGGACGAUGGAAUUCCCACGAAACGGUCGCCGCUUGAAGUGUCCGAGUCGAGCGAUGUCGUAAUCACCAUGCUACCUUCCUCUGCACAUGUCUUAGAUGUAUACAGUGGAGGGAACGGCUUGCUCGGUAAUGGGGGGCACCUUGGACCGUGGUUAUACAUAGAUUCAUCUACAGUUGAUCCUCAGACAUCAAGAACGAUAUCUACGGACAUGUCAAGAUGCAGUUUAAAGGAAAGGAAAGGUUACGCCGAAAAACCGAUGAUGCUGGAUGCUCCUGUCUCCGGAGGUGUUCCUGCCGCAGAAGCUGGGACACUGACUUUCAUGGUGGGUGGUUUAGAAGAAACAUACAUAGCAGCAAAGCCGUUACUUCUCGCAAUGGGCAAAAAGCUGAUCUACUGCGGCGGGGCUGGAAAUGGCUCGGCUGCAAAGAUUUGUAACAAUACGGCCAUGGCUAUCAGCAUGCUUGGAGUCUCUGAGGCCUUUGCUCUUGGUCAGAAUCUUGGGAUCAAAGCAAGCACUCUCACAGAUAUAUUCAAUUGCUCUAGCGCCCGAUGCUGGAGUAGUGACACAUAUAACCCAGUUCCUGGGGUAAUGGCGGGAGUGCCAUCGGCGAGGAAUUAUGAUGGUGGUUUCACCUCCAAACUAAUGGCUAAAGAUUUGGAUUUGGCCAUGGCCUCUGCAUCUGGAGUUGGCUUCAAAUGUCCCAUGGGUUCUGAAGCACUUGACAUUUACCGGAAGUUAUGUGACGAGGGCUGUGAAUUCAAGGACUUUUCAUGCGCGUUUCGCCACUUUUACACGGGGAAGGAUGAGAAGUGAUCCUGUAGUCAUCCCAGCAAACUUGUCGCCGGUUUAAAUAAAACAAUAAUGUCCUCCAAUUGAUUGAAUUUAGUUGUUAGUUAAACAGUGCCCAGACAAGGUUGGAGUCUUCUUUGUACAUAUUGUUAGUUCGGUUUGCUUCUCGGCAACCAAGUUUCCAGAUUGUCUUCCUGUUUUGGAAAAUAAAUCGAGGUGUCGAUCUGCAUCUCUUACUCCA